GGUGGUGUUUCCAUAAGUAGUACGAAAGAAACAGCAUCCAACAUUAUAGCUCUUUUCACUAUGUUGCUUUGUGAACAAUUAUGUCUAGUGGAAACAGCCUCUCUACUUCUGGUAGGGGUAAGGUCAGUGUACGGAGACCCGACUUGUUGAACUACACUGGGUAUCUUGUUGCUUUGUGAACAGUUACAUGUUGCAGUGCUGACAUUUAAGCGUGAUGGUGAGGGUGAAAAAAUGGCAUAUAUGGGCUGAUCAAAAGUACUAGACUCGCCGGAAAAUUGAACAGUAAAACAGUUUAGGAAAAUCCCAAAGGUAACAGCAAUUUAUAAGUUUCUGAUGUUCACUGACCCUUGUAUGCUAGACAAGAACAAGUGAGAUCUUAUUUUAGUGAACCUGGUUAUAGUUCAUACUGAAAAAUUGACUCUCCAAGCAGAGAAUCAAAUCCUUCAUAACUUUUAAUGGAUGUUGCCUUGUGAUGAAGAAACAUAAAUGUUGCAAUACUGAUAUAAUAGAGAGGUGCAACUGAAGUUUACCUUAUCCUAAAAUGGGGCAGUAAAAUCAACAAAGAAAUGACAAACUAAGCCUCAGUUCAAACAAGUUGGGGUCUGAUUUGAGAAUCCUAACAUAAAUCCUUAUGGCCGCCAAGAAACAUUGUGAAUUAUCCUAUUGUACAAGCAAAGCAUGUUAGAGAAGACAAAAAGAUUGAGCAAGAGCUGCAUAAUCAAGUUAUUCUUUUAGCUUGCAGAAGGACAAAGUUUGGAGCUUACUUGUGGGGAGGGGAAAUAGGAAAUACCAAUUGGUAAUGGUUCCUCAAAGUAUAAGGGUCUCUGGUCUAAAAUUUAUACAUCAUUAUGAUUUGUGUUUCAUAAUUGUCCUCUAAAUUAGUCAUAACUCAUAAAUACUAGUGCUAUUAUCUCCCGAUACAUAAUUUAGUACUUGAAUAUAUCUGAAAUGGAAAAUGAGUGGGUGAUCAAGGUUAACGAUGAGCUGAUGCACGUGGAGGAUCUCACCACGGUGGAGGCAGAGCACUGGAAGAAGCGGUCCAUAUAUAGAGUACCUGUUGGUGUCACAGAUGUGAGCAAGAAAGCUUACAAGCCUCAGGUAGUUUCUUUUGGUCCUUACCAUCAUGGAGAAGAUCAUCUCAAGACGAUGGAAGCUCACAAGCACCGAGCACUUCUUCACUUCCUAAAGAGAUCUGGAAAAUCGUUAACAUGUUAUAUCGACUCCUUACAACAAGUGGCUCAAGAUUUGAAAGAUGCAUAUUAUUCGCUGGAUCCUAUAUGGCAAAAUGAUACCAAUGCCUUCUUGCAGUUGAUGAUUCUUGAUGGCUGUUUCAUGCUGGAGAUCUUGAAAACAGCUGCUGCUGAUCCUCUACUUAUAGAUCAAUCUCAGCAUGCUCUACAAUAUGACUAUGCUCCUAAUGAUCCGAUUUUCAGCAAUCAUGGAAAGCUCCAUCUCAUGCCUUAUCUCAAACGCGACAUGCUGAUGCUUGAGAAUCAGUUGCCUAUGCUCCUUUUGGACAAAUUACUUGCCGUCAAAAGUCAAGAGGAAAAGAGUGAAGGGUUACACCUUGAUUGCAUUGAGCAGGAUGAUGAGCAAUGUAUUAAUAAGCUCAUACUGGACUUCUGCAAUCCUCACAGCCGUGCUAAAGGACUUGGGAAAUGUUUGCAUGUAUUGGAUGUGUACAGAAAAAGCCUACUUUGGGAAGAUCCUGCAUUGGCCAAGACUCGUCCAAGGAAAGCACCCAAAGUUAGCCAUCAGAGUAGUGGUGAUGAGAUUAUCCGCUCUGCUAUGGAGCUUCAUGAAGCAGGCAUUCGGUUCAAGAUGAGUAAAACUAGAAGCCUCAAGGACAUCUCCUUUCAUGGUGGUAUCCUUAAGCUUCCUCUGAUCAUGGUGGAUGAUGCUACAGAGGCAAUGUUCUUGAACCUGAUAGCUUUCGAGAGAUUCCAUGUAGGGGCGGGAAAUGAGGUAACCUCAUACAUCUUCUUCAUGGAUAAUAUUAUUGACAAUGCCAAAGAUGUUAGCUUGCUACACUCUAGUGGCAUCAUCCAGAAUGCAAUUGGCAGCGAUCAAGCUGUGGCCAAGCUAUUCAAUUCAUUAUCCAAGGACAUUACGUUGGAUCCAGAUAGCAGCCUAGAUCUAGUACACAAACGGGUGAGCGAUUAUUGCAAGCAGCAGUGGAAUGAAUGGAGAGCCAAUCUCAUUCACACCUACUUCAGGAGUCCCUGGGCCAUUUUGUCUGUCAUUGCUGCUAUUUUUCUUUUCGCCCUCACCAUUGUUCAGACAUUAUACGGAGUUUAUCCUUAUUAUCAUCCACGGGCCUAAGGACAAUCUACCCUCGUAAAAAUAGAAAGAUUUUGCCUUUCUCUGCUGGAGUGCUACGACGAUUGUCACCUAAUUUUGGAGUGAAAGAAGGAAUUUAUUUCCUUUUGGUACAUCUUAUAUUUACUUCAAUGUGAUUCCUAAAGUCCUUAAAUACACCCUCCUUUCUUUGUUGUGUCACAUAUUCGGCCAAAUUUCAUGUCCCAUAAUAUGUUUAUAUAUUAUCACAAAAAUUAUGUGGUCUUUAUAUGA